AUGCAAAAAUAUAAACACAAGGUCGGGAUUAUCAUCUGCUUUGUUUCUUCUGCACUUAGUAUUUGCGAUAAAGCAAAUUUCGCGGCGAUCGAUUGCUCUGAGUACAGUUUUCUGAUCACGAUUAACCAGACCUGCUUCAACUACCACUGGAACAGAGGAAAUGCUUGGAAUGAAAACAUUAUUUUUGGCAGCUCAGGAGCAGCGGCUUGCGAACUCAAUGUUGCUUCGCAGGGAGCAAAUACGAUUGAAAUAAAUUUUGAUCAAUGCGAUGUGGUAGCUAACUAUCCCGAUCCUACGAACAAAACGAUCAUUGACUUCAAUCUCGAUGGUCAUAUUAUUGAAACAUUAAUCGGAAAUGCUGAUAUUGAAACGCUCUUUGAUUUCAACUACAAGUGCGAAUUCAGAGGCGUCACGGAUUUGGAAGAAUCAGCGCAACUUUAUGAUGCCGACAAGUUGAAGGUCAACGACACUCUUACUUUGGACAGCUCAAUUAUUCCAAAUCCCGUCGAGUGUCUGACUAAGGAUGAAAGCGGGGAGCAGUUUUGUUCGAAUGAUUUAGAGGGUUCGUUGUCUCUCGAUGAUUUGCAAGUUGGAGAUACUUAUGAUUUUUACUGGGAUUCGUAUUACCCUUCUCUCGGCUCGAUGAGCUUUCGAAUCGAAAAUGUUUGGCUUGGUCCCGUCCCCGGAGAAAAGACAGUACAAAUCGCUAGCGAUGGAUGUCUCCUGUCUCCUUUUGAUAGUGGCUUUAACUGGAUGAGUCCUGAUUCAAGGUUGAUACAAUGGACAGCAUUUAAGUUUAAAAGUUCCAGCUCCGUCCACUUUACGUUUGAAUUGGUAAUGUGCGAUGCAGGUGGGGUUGGAGGUGCAGUUUUCGAAACAACUUUUUGUCUUGGAUCAACUCAAUGCGAAACAGGAGAAGGAAACCAAUAUCUUUUUGAACAGUGGCUGUCAAGCAAUAAUCAGAACCGAAAAAGAAAGUCAGCAGAUGAUGAGAAUAAUCCGAUUUUUCAGCCACAACAAAUCGUUGAAAUUUCGGAUAUCAGCGUUGAGGUAAAACUUCCCGAAAAUGCCAAUCUAAGAGAAGAAAAUGUUAAUGGAGAGACAGUUAUCGUUCUUUCCGAUGAAGCUGGAGUGAAUACCGCGCGAAAAAACAUGAAUGCUAAGGAAUACGACAUGGCUGAUAAAUGGGCUGCCCACAAAAGCAAUGGUCGAUUGGCCAGAAGAGUUGGAAAUGAGCCCGUCACUUACGCUCCAGAUAAUAUUAAUAUUGUCCAUGAUAAAUUUCUUGUCCGCGAAGCUCAUGAUCAGACGCAAGUUGAAAUUCCCGUGGUCGACUAUCUUACUGAAACAAAUCUUGUCAAGCAAAACUAA